AUGUUUCUGCUACGAAGAUUAUCAUAUCACAUGCAGACGCGUGGGCUAGAGGCUGGAACUAAGCAAGCAUCAUUGUUCGCGGUCGGUAUCUCUUUCGUUGUUAUCACGAGUGUUAUAGUAUUCUUACGCAUCUACGUGCGUAUACGCUUGAUGAAAUUACGUUUGGCCGUCGAAGACUAUCUGAUGCUAUCUGGUGCACUUUUCACGAUCUCGCUUUCUAUUGCCAACAUGAUUUGCGGUUGGUACGGUGUGGGCACCCAUACGCUUGACAUUCCUAACGAGGAUUUUUCAUCCAUGCUGAAAGCGAACCUUGCCACACGUCUGUUGUACGUUGUAGCGAUUUGCCUAGUCAAGUUCAGCAUCCUAGUGUUUUACCGAAGACUAGACCCUCGGCGGCAUACAAGAUGGAUUGUUUACUUUUUGAUGGCAUGGGUGGCCGCCCUCUCGAUCGUAACCUUCUUUGUACUACUAUUUGUUUGCACGCCACCGUCCCUGUUUUGGGAUCCUGUGGGCCAGGCCGAACAUCCGGAGAAGUGCUUGAAGCAGACUACCCAACAGGUGUUCUUCAACAUCAACGGCAUCAUGAAGUAG